AAGAGCUAGCAGAGUAAUAUUUAACAGGAACAGAACUCCAGAGCAUUGUGUUACAGUUCACUGAGUGUCCCCAGCACAGAACAAAACUACACUGCUUGCAUUAUUUGGGAACACACUGAAGCUGCUGACAGGUUUAAAUGCAGGGCCAGGUUUCCACCACAAUGAAAAUAUGAAGAACCCCGGUUCAGUGAGCCUUUGGUGGGCAGUUGCCUAAUUUGCAGUGUGAAAUUUGGGUGAAGAUUUUGGGAAUUCACUCCUUUUUCCCCUCUGCAGCCGACUCAAGAUGACGACGGCCACGCCACUGACCAAUAACACUCAGCUCUCAGUGAAUGUGACCACAAAGUCCCAAGAACACAAUCUCUAUCAAAGCUCUGGAGCAAUAGUUGCUGCCAUCGUGGUGGGGGUGAUUGUUAUUUUCACAGUGGUUCUGCUCAUCCUGAAAACAUACAACAGGCGCAUGCGAGUGCGGCGGGAGCUGGAACCCAAGGGCUCCAAGCUGGCAGUGCCACCUCCUGUGGGGCACAGCAGCCACAGCCUGGCCCAGCAGCCCUCGGUGACCUUCAUCCCUGUGGACAUCCACCUGCAGAGCAGGUAACCAGGAGCUCCCUGCCAGAGAAGAGAUGGAAUUGUUACCCCAUGGAGCUGGGACUGCCCUGGGAGCAGCAGCCAGCUGGUGUUCCCUCUGUGAAGUGACACAAUCCCUGGUUCCCAGCUUUGGGAGGAAAAACCAGAGGUCUGGACACUUCCGCUGUGACUGAAAUGACAGCUGGAGGUCUAGGAUGGCAGUGAGACCUCCUCUGGGUCUGGAUAAACCAGGAAGAGAAGAUGCCCAGGUGUUGUGGAGCUUUUGCUCCCUCAGAGACUCUGCACCCUCUGUGUUCUGCUGAGGAACUGGAGGGAAAGUCUGGACAUGCCCCAAACCCAGCUGGGACCUGAGUUUGUUACGAGUUACAUGCAAGAGGUUUGUGGAUUAUUUUAUACCUGAUGGGUAGUACAGGAGGUAUCAAAAUUGUAUUUAUCUUUGCUCAUAUUUCAUGUUUCUAAUCUCAAAUAUGUACAGGUUCUUAUUUUCAAGUAUUUUAACUGUUUCUAUAAACUCUGUAACUCUCCAUUUCUGAAGGAACUCGGUGUCUGAGGGGUUUCACUCUCAAUCCACGUUCAUGGCUGGAGCUGUGUUAGAAUGCUCAGUCUAACACAAAAUCUGAGUUCUUUAACUGACAAAAAUAAGCAUGGAAAUAGAAAAACCAGCUUGGACAGAGCAGGGGAGGCUCAGUGCAGCCCCAGUUGCCACUCACCCUGCAAGGCUUUGUUCCCUGGUGCAGCCCAACUAUUUUUAGCCAUUUUUUAUUCUCAAACCAACCCGAAGUGAGGCUGUUUUGUGAGUGUGAGGGCUGUGGGUGUGCAGCAGUGGCACAAAGGAAUUCCCAGGGACACUCAGAGCCCACGGGCUGGGAACACAGAGCACCAUUGUCACACACUCACUGCCAGAUUGUCUGAGAUUUUAUAGUUUGUACUUUUUUCCAAUAAGCUUGGAUCUCUUAGGCAGGUCAGUUUAACUAGCUGGUAAUUUUUAUUGUGCAGAAACUAAAUUCAAUUACUUUGCCAUAUUCUUUUUUGGCUGAAACUGGAGCACGGUUUGGAUUCCAAAGCAAAUAUUGAGACAGCUGUUUGUGAAGUUUCUGAAUCUCCUUGUGAAUAUUUCUCCUGUCCAGGUUCUUUACCUUAUUUUUUGUGGCAGGGAGAAUUGAUUUAAGAAUUCAAAAGGGACAGCAGAUGCACAUCUAAUUCUUUUUCCAAAAAAAUAUAAAGGAGCUGGUUUUUUGUUUCUA